AUGGCAGGCAGCUCGAGCAAGGGCAAGCGGACGCAGCUUUCCCUCGCUUUUCUUCCGCUGGUCGCUGAGCAGCACACUCCCAUCCCUCCGGCCGACAAGGACUCUCAACGCCUCAUCGUCGUCCUGUCAAACGCGAGCCUCGAGACCUACAAGGCCUCCCAUGGCGGCACCGGUCGCAAUGGGGCCCAGCGAGAGGAGAAGUACUCGCUCCUGAACAGUGACGAGCACAUUGGCGUCAUGCGCAAGAUGAACCGCGACAUUAGUGAUGCGCGCCCAGAUAUUACUCACCAGUGCCUCCUUACUCUGCUCGACUCCCCCAUCAAUAAGGCCGGCAAGCUCCAGAUCUACAUACACACCGCCAAGGGUGUUCUGAUUGAGGUCUCCCCUUCGGUCCGCAUCCCGCGUACAUUCAAGCGUUUUGCCGGUCUAAUGGUGCAACUAUUGCACCGCCUGUCGAUCCGCUCAACCAACUCCCAGGAGAAGCUUCUGCGUGUCAUUCAGAACCCCAUCACGGACCACCUGCCGCCCAACUGCCGCAAGGUCACCCUCAGUUUCGAGGCGCCUCUGGUCCAUGUGAGAGACUACAUCGACACACUUGGCCCCAAGGAAAGCGUCUGCGUUUUUGUCGGCGCCAUGGCCAAGGGCUCCGACACUUUUGCCGACGGUCUGGUGGACGACAAGAUUUCUAUCAGCAACUACAGCUUGUCCGCCAGUGUUGCUUGUAGCAAAUUCUGCCAUGCUGCUGAGGACUCUUGGGACAUCCAGUAA